AAUCACGGAGCUCCGGCUUGUUUCUGCAGCAGCGGUAGCACCAGCGGUUGGUCAUCACGAAGUGCUGUCCUUGAGGAUUGUGUCAGGUCCAUCAGGUGACGGGUGUCGAACCGUCGUUGACUUUCAAGGUGAUGUGGCAGCUGGAGCAGCAGCGCGCACAGAGACGCCUGGUCCCAUCCCCCAUGUGCGCUCUUCUCAUCCUGACGGUGGCGGUAACGGUGGCGGCGGCGUCGAUUCCUCAGCAUGACGACGACCAGCACCACCACCACAAACGUGGUGGCUCGGGCAGGGUCGAGCAGCCACAGCUACAGCCGUUGUCAGCUCCUCCACCUUUGGCGGCGCGCAGCCGGGCGAGCGGCCCAGACUCGGGACCCGGGAUGGCGCAAAGUCGCUCCUUGCAUGUUCCGCGUCGAAGUCGGCAACCCAACCACCACCAGCAGCAGCAGCAGCAACUUCGAAUGGACUACGAAGAGGACCAAGUAGCCCCGAGGGAGCUCGGCUUCGCACCGAGCAGCAAGCACCAUGGAGGGUUUAACACGGACGGGUCCGCGUGUGCCGAGGUGGAGGGCAGGCCUUGUGACCGGGCAGCGCAGUGCGGGGGCUGCUACGGCCUGUACACGUGCUCUCACCUGCUCGGCGGCACGUGCACGCUCAAGAGUGUGUCGAGGAACAUCGGUGCGUUCCGGGCGAGUUUGCGCGGCUCAUCGCACAUCCUUCACAAUCACAGGAGGCAGCGCACGAACAACAGCAACCGUGAAAAGCAGUAGCCGGAUGCAACACAGCCCUGCAGAAGACAUGCCACCCUAUUUAAGCCAUUACA